UUAGAUAAAAUGAUAGAACUUGUUUCUCUACAGGAAGUUGAGGAUCUAAAGACAGAACUUGACACAUGUGAACAGAGACUGGAAUCAAAGUACAAAGCCAUUGACAUUCUUAGAAAACAGGCUGAGGAAGCCCAGAAACAGCUUAGAUUCACUGAAAGGACCUCAAAGGAAACUUCGCUAAAGUUGUCUCAGGUUAAUGUAGCUGGUGGUGGUAGUAGUGAUAGAGUUACCUCCCUUGUUGUCCAGCCCGACCAGGAUCUUGGUGAAUUAUCAACGCAACUUUUAAAGCCAAGACGACAGGCGGACAGACAGAAAGAUGAUCGUAAACCUAAAACUGUUCCUGUAGAAAAAUAUAGAAGAAUGUGUCAAGAGAACAAAGCUUUAAUGAAUACUUUAGAGUCAAGAACAGAAGACCUCAGGAAAAUAACAGCUCAGAAAAUGGCUGUGGACAGGGAGAAUGAUGAACUUCUGGCAUUGUUAGACAUACAAGAGCGGGCGAAAUAUGAGAAGACCAGGAGUGUGUCUUCUGAGGAGAAUUACUGCUCGUUCUCAACUACUGAGCUUGCGGUGCUAGGAGCAUGUAGGUGUAGAAUAUCAACACCUGAUCCAUGUACCUGUGCCCAUGCUGCUGCUAAUCUGAAGAAAGAAAUUGUCAAAAUGAAAGAGGAGUUACUGCUGUACAAGAGUCGUAGAGACGAGGCUUAUCACACAGUAGAUGCUUACCGGAAAGCUUUUGAGGAACAGUUACAGAGGAAUAAAUCUCUAACACUACAGUUAGCUAAUAUAAGUUCAGGAAAGGGCAGUACAGGAAACUUAUCUGGAACCUCUAAGGCUAAACUUGCCCUCAAAUGGCUGAUUGGUAGUCUAAAUGAUGAAGAGAUAGCAGAUGAUGUAUCUAGUAUGGUACCUGGCCCGGCCAUGUCAGAAUAUGAGUUGAUCACCUACCUUACAGAAAUGUUAAACGAGAAGAAGGAAGUAUUAGCACAUCAAAAGCUUGCUGCACAGAUUCUUGCAGAUAGAGUGAAAGUUUUGGAAGAGAAACUCUCCCACUAUGAAAAAGAAAGUUCAGAUGUGUUUACAUGAACAUAAAGCAGGUUUACAUGAACAUAAAGCAGGUUUACAUGAACAUAAAGCAGGUUUACAUGAACAUAAAGCAGGUUUACAUGAACAUAUAGCAGGUUUACAUGAACAUAUAGCAGGUUUAUUUAUACAUAUAGAAGGUUUAUAACAACUGAUACCUUUUAGGUUUAUGUAAACAUGCGAACAAACAAUAGGUUUAUGUGAACAUAUUAGCUAGAAUGUAAAACUAAUAUGUGAAGAUACAGCAGGUUUACAAAAUGUGUUUUAAUAGUAUAAGGUAAACACAUUUAUGUGAACACAAAGUGGGUUUAUUUGACCAUACAUUUAUAGUAAGUUUAUGUGUACAUAAAGCAAGUGUAUGUAAACAUUGGUCAAUUUAUGUGAACAUAAACCAUAGUUAUGUGAACAUACAACAAGCUGUAAGAACAUAUAGCAAUUUAUGUGAACAUGAACCAUGGUUAUAUGAACAUAAAGCAAGCAAUUACAACUUAAUUAUAGCAAUUUGUGUGAACACAAAGUUUUUAUGUGAACAUAUAAUAGGUUUUAUGUGAACAUUAAAAGUUUUUGUGAACAUGUCAUGUGAUCAUAUGGCAGCUUACAAGAACAUAAUGUACAUGACCAGAAUAUGUAAGCAAAUGUUUACAAGAACAUUUUACAAGGAUAUGAUAAAAAGAUUUAUCAAUAAAAAUCAUGUUUUUAUGAAUAUUAUGGCAUAUUCUACAUAGAUAUAAAAGAUGUGAUUUUAAAUGUGUAUGCUAUUACAAUUUACAAGUGUAUGUUGACAUAUUUUUAUAUAAUGGCUACUGUACAUGAUUAUAAUAGCAUGUUUAUGCUACUGAAAUAGCAAAGUUUUCAUUACAUUUUAUAAAUUUACACAUGAUGCAAUAAUUGCUCAUUUACAUGACUGUAAUAAGUUUACGCAUGAUAUAAAAGCAAUUUUACAUGCCAUUGAUAGUAAAUAUACCUGACUUUUUAUUGUUAUGUACAUGUACAUGAUUUCCAUGUAAAUCUCUUAGUCCCAAUAUGGAAUCCCAGCAUACAAUGUAUGUUGAUAUGAAGGUGUAUGAUUUUGUCUGAGAUAUAUUUUUUCAUAAAUAUAAUGAGUGGAAUGUUUACUUAAAGAUUUACCAGUAAGCGUUGUUUUUUCUUGCCAUGUUUAAAUUUAUUAUGGGUAUUUGUUGCUUUGUUACGAUUGAUACAUGGAUUUUUUUUAUCGUGUCUGAAGUUUACCUCAUUUUAUGAAAUAUUUACAAAGUUCAAUUCAGCCUUAAUACUUAAAAGUGCCUUUCCAUUUUAUUGAUAUUUUGAGAAAACAGUAUUAGUUUUAUAUUGAUUUAGAUAAUGAAUCCAUGUUGAUUGAUUGUGUCUUCCAUUUUGUAUGUAGCAUAUACCAUUUUGUAUUUAUGUGUAAAUAUGUACAGCAUUUGGUCAAUUUUUAAUUUUACUACUUGUGUUCUGAUAAAUUGUGGACUUGGUUACCUUGACCUUUUAUCUACAAAGACCUUAACCUAGUUUAUGUUUUAAACCAAAGGUUAAGUUCAUAGAAACAACAAAUGAAUUAGCUUUUGUAAAGGUGAUUUUUAAAUUUUGGAUAUUUUGGUUUUGUAAUACUAAUGGUGGUCCUGAGCUUCAUUUAAUGUGGCUUUUAGUUUCUUGAUUAAGGCUUAUUUGUACCAUAUAUGAGCCGCGUCAUGACAAAACCAACAUAAUGGUUUUGCGACCAGCAUGAAUCCAGACCAGCCUGCGCAUCCGGGCAGUCUGAUCAGGAUCCAUGUUGUUCACUAACAAACUCUAUAACAAGUAGAGAAACGGAUAGCGAACAGCAUGGAUCCUGAUCAGACUGCGCGGAUGGGCAGGCUGGUCUGGAUCCAUGCUGGUCGCAAACCCAUUAUGUUGGUUUUGUCAUGUUGCGGCUCAUAUAUAUAUGUCAUUGAAAAUUUCAUGAAAAAGGUAAUAGUUUAUGUUGUGAAUAUAUCUACUUAAUUAAUGUUACAUGUAGUUGCCAUGGAGAAUUUAUGUAUUGCUAUAAGUUAAUUUAUUGUUAUAGAAAUUUUAUCUGUUAACAAUUCUAUAAAUAUUCGUAGACAUAAAAUUGUGUUGAUAAAACAAAUUGGGUGACCAUAUAUGUACAUAUGAAUGUUUGUUAAUAUGGUAAGGAUUAUAACUUAGGUGUUAAACUGUUAAAAACUUAUAGCUAAGCCUUUCUUAAUGUUAAAGAAGCACGCUUCCAGAUUCCUGCUAAUUUUUCAAAAAAUUUGAAAAUGUAUUAGAAAGUAAAAUAAUGUGAAGUGAACAAAAAAAAAA